UCGGAUGAAUGUUUGUUAUUAUUGUUUAAUAGUGCUUAUUUAAUUAAAACAGAUUUAAUUCGACUACAAAUUGGACGAAAAUGAUAUCUUAUAAAUAACUUGGUGUUUUAUGUAAUAGAUAUAUAAUAUAAGUGUAAUAUUUCGUAUGAAGGUAUAUAGAAUGUCUUCGACCUAUUUGUGAAGCUUUGCGGAUAAAUAAUAAAUCUGCUAUAUUUAUAAAAAUCAAAGAUGCAUAUUUUGUGUACGAUAUGCAGUGAUCUCGUAAAUCAAGCUGAGAAUAUAUUUGUGACUAAAUGUGGUCAUAUUUUUCACCACCAUUGCCUGGUACAAUGGAUUGAAAGAUCAAAAACCUGUCCACAAUGCAGGAACAAAGUGACAGACAAAUGUAUGUUCCGUUUAUUCCCAACUAUAUCUAAUGAGAAUAACAGUGAAGACGCAGCGACUUUGCAGUCCAGGUUAGACGAUGCCCAGCUGCAGCUGCGGCAACAACGAUCAAAGUUUAAGGAGAAGGAGGAUAAACUAGCCAUUCUUACGGCAGACUUGAAGAGACAAGAUGAUCUUCUAAAAUCAUAUGAGAAGCGGCUGGUUAGCUUUGACUCCAAGGUGCUGGCUCUUAGGGAACAGCUGGAAAUAUUAAGCGUACAGAACAGAGAACUGCAUAAAGUGAAAGAAGAAAAUUUAAACUUGACUAAGAACAUGCAAACACUUAAUGGUCUGCAAAGAGUGCUAAAUGCAACGAGUGAAGAUGUAGAACAGAUGUUGCACAGCUACACUGAUGUCAAAACUAUUGCUACAUUUGCCACGGCUCUUAAGAGAGCUCUAUGUGACUCUGAGACAAAGAAGAAUGAGACUCGAGACAGGCUGCACAUGGCCAAACAGCAGCUAGCUUUGGAGAAGAAGACUGUUGCUGAUCUGCAGAACCAAGUCGUAAAACUAGAAGACGACCUGCACCAAGCUCAAAACAGAUAUGACUCACUGAACAGUAAAUAUGAAACUCUUCAAAAUGAAAAGGAAAUGACAGAUUUAAAUAAUCAGUUGAUAAAGAAGACGGCUGAUGUAAUAGAGGUGCCCCAAUCUCCUCUCCAAUCACUCAAUGACGCCAUCUUGGAAACUCCCAGCAAUAAUACUAGCUUUAACACUCUGGUCCAUGAUAUUGAAAACUCAGACUCUCCCUACUUAAAUUUGAAGCAGGGCAACUUAUUCUCUGUGGCAGUAUUACAACGACAACCAUUAAAACUUUCUGAAAAAGUCAAGCCAUCAGAAAACCUCUACCUCAAUUCUAUAAAGAACGCAACAAUGAAACGCUUGGGAGAAAAAUCUAAUUCACUCAACUCAAAACACAGCAUCUUUCAUAAAAAGGAGGCAAUGAAGAUUGAAUCCCUUGACGACAAAGUUGGUGGCAGUUUGGACAUAUCCUAUGACGGUUUAGGGGGCCACUCAAAGCUAGACACAUUCCCAGUCCCUAACAGGACCCCAGUCAAAAGCUGUAUCCCCAAAUUGUCUGCUAAACACAAACUCAAACGCCCCAAUCCAACUGGUAGUCAGGAUAUCGAAAAAAUGCUCAAAAAAAUUAAAAAAUAAUAGUGUUGAUCGCUAUAGAAACUCUUUGAAAUACCCAGUGUAAGUACAUCACUAUUAUUAUGUUACCAUUUGCAAAAAUGUUGCGUUUAUUUAUUGUUUAUGGUAAUACUGUCGCAUUUGUUAAGUAGUUAUUUAAUUGUAUUAUUUUUAUUGGUAUUAUAAUGUUAAUGAUUAAGGGUUCUCACCAAAUGUUUGAUUAUUAAGUUGCAUUCAUAAUUUUAUUUUAGCUAUUGUAUAGUCUAUAUAAUUUUUUUAAUCUGUGGUUUCAUAAAGGUGAAAACAUACUCUUUUGCAACUAUUAUGUGUAAAAAUGAAUCUAAAUAUUUAAAAGUAGUAUUAAAGCUUUAAGAAUUUAACAGAUGUAAGAAAGACCUUGUAUUAGAAUUUAUGAAGCCUUUUUAAUGAUAGUGGGUAAAAACCUCAAGGACUGGACAUGCCCAAGUAAACAGCUUUAUCUCUAUUAAUGUUAGGAUAUAUUUAAAUACAUAAUUGCAUUUAUAAGAUAAGAAUUACACACUAUUUUAUUAGUUACCCACCGACUUAAAUAGCUGUUGGUCAUCGAAAGUAGUUAGGUAUGCUGUUUAUCACAUAUUAAAGCAGGCAGCAGUGACAAGGUUUGCAUAUAUUUAGACAGAAACGCUUAUAACUUCUUCUGGAUUCAUGAAAAACUAUUGGAAUGUUGUUAUUUCCUACUAUAUUGUGUAAAUUAAUAUGUGCCAACUACAUGGUAGUACUUGCUUCUUCUAAAGAUUGAGAAACGCCAGAAUGAAUGUUGUUUCUUUCUUUCACUUAUAAAAUACAUUAUAUUAAAAAGAGAUAAUAGUACUAAAACGCGUUUUGUAAUCUGUUUAUUGACAUAAUGUGCAAAAAAUCAUAAAAAAAGUAUUGAUAUUCAGUCUAAUAGGAUUCCUAAAGUUUAUGUUAAUUGUCUAGCUUUUGAAAUACAAGCAGAAGGUUACUUAUGGUACAGAUUACCAGCGGAUUUCCCUAGCUUAGUAUGCUAUUUUGAUUCCCAACUUUAUUAUUUGGUAAGAAGGUCGAAAAUCCAUUGAAGAAAUUUGACAGGUUAGAAUGAUGGUUGAAUUGUGAUUGAAUGUAAGCCAAAUGUGAAUGGUAAAUGCACUACAAUAAUGCCUCUUCUUACUCACAAAAUAAAGACUGUAGUGCAUUUUACACCUUUGAUAGUUAUAAGUAUAUUUUUGAUAUGGGUUGAAAAUAUUUGGGUGGAUGGAAGGUUGUGAAGAAAGAAGGUUCUAAUUGAGAAAUACAUUAAAUGUAAAGCAUGAAACUGCCUUUAGUAGGAUUAAGAUUGAUUGAGAAAUGUUCUAUCAAAAUGUUUAUAAAUAUUCUUUGCUGUUUGCAUAGUUACAUUGCUCAAAGUGCUAUAACUAAACGCGGGUUUAUUUAAAACAUUGUUAUGUUAAAGUAUGGGUAUUAAUAUAGGCAUGAUAUAAAUGUUUUAUGUAUGAAUUAUCAAAUACAACAACUUUGAAUUACUUUUGCAUUAAAGUGUAACUAUUCAAGAAAUAUUACAGGAAAUAAUGUAGCAACUCUCGGUAUGUUUCAAUUUUGUGUUGCCAGCUUCUGAUACUCAGAUGUUAAAUGAUACCUAUAAGUAAAAUACAAUACAACAUUUUUAGUGAACAUAUUACUGAAAUAAAAAAUGUUUUCUAGA